AUGGGUUUUUCACCAUUGUUGCUUAUUCUAUGUUUGCUCCUAUCUUUGCCAUUUUCAUCUUCUUCACCACACAACAGUUUAACAAAAGGCUCAUCCCUGUCCGUUGAAAAACCAGAUGAAGAUGUUUUGAUUUCAGAAAACGGCAUUUUCACUUCAGGUUUUCACCCUGUUGGGGAUAAUGCAUAUUGUUUUGCAAUAUGGUUCACUGAGCUAUUGCACAAUGGGUAUAAAACCAUAGUUUGGAAGGCCAACCGAGACAAACCGGUGAAUGGCCGACGCUCAAAACUCUCCCUACUCAAAACCGGCAAUCUUGUCUUGACAGACGCUGGUGAAUUGUCUGUUUGGAUGACCACCACCAAUUCAAACUCUUCCAGGAAAUUGAAGCUUCGUAACGAUGGAAAUCUCAUUCUUCAGACUUUGGAUGGUGUAAUUCAUUGGCAGAGCUUUGAGUCACCAACAGAUACCCUUCUUCCUCAACAGCCACUCACCAAAUACACAAGGCUUAUUUCGUCUAGAAGCCAAACUAAUUACUCCUCUGGUUUCUACCAGCUCUUUUUUGAUGAUGAUAACAUCCUUCGCCUUGUUUAUAGUGGUCCUGAAAUCUCUAGUGUUUUUUGGCCUAACCCUUGGGAUAAUAGCUGGCAAGCUGGAAGGUCCACUAACAAUAACAGUAAGAUUGCAAUUCUCUAUCCCUCAGGCCAAUUCGUGUCAUCCGACUCAUUCGGGUUUUUAUCAUCAGAUUUUGGUACAGGCCCUCUUAGAAGAUUGACAAUGGAUGUUGAUGGCAACCUUCGAGUUUAUAGUCUAGAUAAGACCAAUAGUCUCUGCACUUAUGCUCAUGAUUCCGGUAGAAGAUGUUCUUGCGUACCGGGAUACAAAAUGGUAAAUCAUACAGACUGGUCUUACGGAUGUGAACCAGAUUUCAGUCUCCCUUGUGCCAGGGAGAAAAGUGGUUUUAUUCAACUUCGUCAUGUGGACUUUUAUGGUUUUGAUGAGGGCUAUUAUGAGAAUUACACCGUAGAGCAGUGUGAGAAGGAAUUCUUCAAGUUUUUGCCAAUGCAAAGGGUUCCAAUUCAAAUUCGACAGUGGUAA